AUGACCAGCGAUACAGUUCAAGAACGUGGGAACAAACUGAGCAAACUCACUGCUUUGGGACUUCGAGAGGCUGCUCUGGACUCUCCGGUUUUUAGAACAAGUGUGAACCACUUCCAUACUCAAGUGUUAGAAUUAGAGAAUUGGAUUCAGGAGAACACCAAUCUUUCAAAGAACGCUGGGCUGGUCCAAACAAGAAGGGACGAGGAAUCAUUGAUAAAUCGGUUACUUCCUCCCUUGUCGUUCUUGAACAAUGGGUUAGUAGAAAAUCAAACUUAUACACCUUCAAUGGUGAAUGAGUUUCAGGAAGCUUUGAACACCUUUUCUUCCAGCAUAUCUACACUUAUGUAUGGGAAUCCUGAAACAUAUUUGACAACUUAUCUUGACAUCUUGAUUAAGGUGGUAAAGCCGUAUAAGGAAGCUCGGGAGAAUUUCGAUUAUUAUCAAGGACGGUAUGACUCUUUAAAUAAGAAUUAUCACGAUAUUAAGGUUUCUUCUCUAAUUAGUGCAGAUAGCAUUCGCGAGAAAGCUAUGGAAUUAUACGAUAUAAGGAACCUUUACAAAAAUGCUUCAUUCGAUCUAAUAUGGAACAUAGGGAAAAUUCAGAUGAAAUUGGAUGACCUCAUUUCCAAAAUGAUUGAGUUAACCAUACCUUCCACAUCGCAGAAGGAGACUUCUAAAAAGUACCGCAUCAAUAUAUCUCAUGAAUUGGAGCAUGAAUACAGUCAGUACAGGAAGUGGACCGACACUAUUACUAAUUGUGUGGAAAAUUAUAACGAUGAGUUGCAUAAGGCCAAACUGGAAAUCAACAAGAGCUUCGAGAGUCAUUAUUCUCCUCCUGAAGAUCUGAAAACUUACGAUAUAUCUACUAUUAACAGCAAUUUGUUGAAACCAGAAGAAAUACCACAAGAAUUUAAAAAGUCAGGUUGGCUUUUUGUUAAGACUAAGGCAAGAACUAGUGGAAAAGUAACAUGGUUAAAGAGAUGGUGUUUCUUAGAGAACGGAAUGUUUGGCAUGUUGAUGCCAUCACCUUCCAAAUUGUAUGUUGAAGAAAGUGACAAAUUUGGAAUUCUAUUGAUAACAUGUAAUUAUAAUCCGCAAGAAGACAGAAGAUACUGCUUUGAUCUCAAAAUCAUGAAUACCGAAGAUUCUUCAUCGUUACAAGAUAUCAUAAUCACAAUGCAAGCAGAAACUCUCAAGGACCUAUCUGAAUGGAUGAAUCUAUUCAAUUAUGCAAAAAAGGAAGCACUAAAGCUAGAUAAAGAUAGCCCAGAAGUGACUACAUUAUUAUCUAGGGUCUCUCCAACAUUCGUGGAAUUUGCUUGCUCCUCAACUACUCAAAUAGAUUUUCAAACCACAUCAAUCUCCGAACAUAAAACACAUUCUUUGCUCAAUAUUAUACAAGCAAACCCAAAUAAAGUAAACGAUUUCGGAGUAUUCCAGGAUCCAACCUUUAGAUUCCCUGUUAUGACACAAAUGACUAAAUUAGCUGUUAUCGCCCGGGCCUUCGUUAUUGACCAGGGCAUAACCAACGCAAUAUCAGCUAACAUAUGGGGAAUAUCAUCUUCAUACCCACCCCCUUCUACGAAACCAACUUUCGAAGUUAAAUUCAUGUCAAGCAUGUCCGACUGGAAUCCUAUCGUAUAUCCGUCAUAUUACCCCGAAAAAUAUAAGUCUGGCGAUUUACUGUUCAGAAGCGUUUUUAAUGGGUUCAUAAAGUAUGAAAACACCGACAAAGAAUUGUUUCUUUUCAAAGAGACAUGCAUAUUCUAUCCAAAUGAAAAUAAAAGAUAUCCUUCAACGAUGUUCGUAACCUCUAAUACGUUGUACUUCUACGUUAACUUUUUAGGAUUCAUAUCCUUAUCGUCAUAUCCAUUCCGCAGUAUCAUUUCUGUAUCAGUUGUUCAAGAUAAAAAUACCAAAAGUAACCCAGUAGUCGAAAUUGAGCUGAAGCAUAAACGUAAAAUUGCUAUCGAAGUAUUCUACAGUGAUCCAUACUGUCUAUGCGAAAAGAUUUUAACCAAUUUAGAGAAUAACCUUAAGAAUAGCGAGGCAAGAGCAGAUCAAUUAAUCAAAAAGUUAGAAAAAAAAGAUCAUAUGUUCACUAAAACUGCUGUCCAAAAUACUCAGAAUUUAAUGCCAGAACUAUCGCUUCUACGAGUAUUGAAUGUUGAUAAAAUGAAUCUCAGACAAAGACAGCAACAAUUCCAGUUGGAGCACGAUGCAUAUUUUAAGAUGGACUUCAACGCUCCAAGUAGAGCUUUAAUGCAUUUGGCUUUUGGUGAUAAAUCAACAGUAUUCCAUGAAUGCACAUUUUUGUCUAGGUCUAAGGUUGAGCGUGAUGCAGUCGGACCCUGGAUUAUUGACCCUGAAACCAAAAAAGUCGUUCGAAAAAUGAGGAUUAGUCUAAAGCUAGCCAGACCAUUUGUUUCUGCCAAUACUGUUAGUUUUUCUGCCAGCUCUCCAUACAGUUAUAUGGAUAUAUUGCAGAGUAUCAAUAAAACAUCAGAAAACUUUUACUACGAAGUUGAUCAGAGCACAGGGUAUUUUUCUUUACCAUUUACCAAGCUAUUUCAUGUUAACACAAAAUAUGUUAUAAUCAAUCAUCGUAAAGAUGAUUAUAUCUCGACUUCACAGAAAGACACAACCACUUCGUGUACAUUAUACACAUACUAUAAUGUGGUUUUUGUAAACAAAACCACAUUAGAAACGGUUUCCUCGUUGAACUUUAUCGAUUCCUUAAUCAAGGUUAUGGUCUUAUCUAUAUUACGAAACGAAUCACGAAUUUUGAAACAUGUCCUUUCUUCUUAUGUUGGAAAACUAGGAAACAGUUCUAAAAUUGUGAAAUCAAUGCGACUUGGUGGUCAAAUUGGAGUUUCCGAACAUCAAAACGCCCCAUACAAAGAUUACCUAAAACAGUCUGCUUCCAAUCAAGUGGUAUACUCGAAAAUGUUAGUUUUCAAACUAGUGCUCAAAUGGCUGAUUCUCUUCUGGUCAAAGCUUUGUAUCAAUGCGAUUAGAUUCUUCUUUAGUAUGGUAUAUGGCCUAAUGACAAACCUGAUGAUGUUAAACAAACUGGUUGUCGGUAUGCUUUUGAUAUCUAUUGUUUUGAAUCUAAGUCUAUCAAAGAGAGCAACUUUUGAAUACUGGGCUUUCAAAAAAGCAGAAAAGUAUGCCGACUCCGUUAUUGAUAUGAAAUCAAUGAACAUGGAAAGGUCGGUAUCUCUAGACCAACUUUCAAUUUUGACCAAAGAACUAACAUAUAAGACUGAUGUCUUGGAAUCUUUCAUUUCUGAAAAUGCAAAGAAUAAGCCUUCCUACCAGAAAAUCAGGAACGAAAUGGCUUUGAAAAGGAAUGAACUUCUCGUAGAACUCUCCUUAUUAAAUAAUAUUGAAAAGGAGUUAAUUGGAAAUGAUUUCAAAAUGUUUUUGAUCAAAGAGAUUGAAAAGUGUAAUACUGUGCGCACCAAUUACAAGGAUGCCAUUAUCAACAAUACAGAACUUCAAAAAUACUGUUUUACAUGCGAGGAUCAACUAAAAUACUUUACUGAUCUUCUCUAA